AUGGGUGACUGCUCAUCAUCUAUUGCACCACCACCACCACCACCACCAGUGUUCAUACCACCAACAAUCUCUGCGCCACCACCACGAUGGAGAUCCCGCAAUCGAUAUUCACCCUGGGCUCCUCGAAACUACCAAGGAGGCUUACGUGGCCGACGAGUCAGCGGUACUGGCUGCACCAUCAUCUUGUCAAUUUUCUUCGUGAUCGUCGUCCUCGCAACCCAUUCCUCUCCGCCACAAGGUGUCUUCCACCAAACAUCAAACACAAACUACCGCGCCCUGACUGACAAAUCUAACGAGGGCCCCGCGGAGUGCGUGAUGAACACGAAGCAACGCGGGGAUGAAGUUGCUGGUGGUGAGGGAACAACGUCUAUGCCAAGAAAGAUCUCCGCUUUGUUUUGGGGAGAUGAGAAUGAGGACAGUGUAACAUGGCCCAUCGAGGAAGAGGACUUGCUGAACAAGCUGAAAUCGGGUGCGUGGCAUGCUUUCCGACCAAGUUUGUUUAUCAUGCUUCUGCUUGUUUUCGUUGUCGCAGUCAUUAAUUAG